AUGGCAUUUUAUUCUUGUCCAUACACCUAUAUUGAUGGUCGUGUAUGUGAAAAAAAAUGUUACCGGAAAGAAGGAUGCCAUAUUCAUUGGAAAAGACGAACUCGUAUUCCUUGUGGUGAUUGUGGCAUACUAACGGCUUCUUCUUAUGGAAUGUGCACCAAACAUGCUGGAAAGUAUUAUAGUAAAGCUAAUUAUUAUAAAAUCAAACUUCAGCUCAAAAAAUGGGGUCAAAUAUCCCAGGCAAUCCAAGAACUUCAGGACAAAAAACGUGAUCAAGCAUCCCGGGUAAUCCAAGAAUAUGUCCGAAACUGGCUAUAUAGACCUGGUGGCCCAAUGAUGAAAAAAGCCGAGGCAAGAUUCUAUAUUACAGCUUCUAGGCAAUAG